GUGAGCAAGUUGUCGGACAAGUAUGUCCACAAUUGUGAUCCCAGCGACGGUGGUUACGGAUGCAAGCGGAGUCUCCGUGCUGUGCUGGAACGUCUGAACCUCAAGGGGGAGGAUUUCUGGCGCGACUUGGGGGCGCUGGUGGCGGACACCGUGGCUGCCAUUACCGACCCGCUUCUGCGCACGUGUUCCAGUGAGGAAUUCUGGAACGGCGACAAGCUCACUGCGGAUCUGGCACAGCAGCAUUUCUGCCGAUGCUUUCAAAUCCUGGGCUUUGACGUUCUUGUGGACCAAGCGGCGAAGCCUUGGCUCCUGGAGCUCAACAACAACCCGUCCCUCAGCGUGGACGAGGUAGCACCCCUCUACUCUAAGAGCCGCGCCGAGGUGAACCAAGUCUUCGCGGCGCACGCGAAGCUGUGUGGCGAGUCAAAGGGUGAUCGGCCGUGCCGGUGCUCAGCGCAUCCGCGGCCGCACCGCCACAAAGUCUGCCCCAUCGAUGUGGCU